AUGGAUCCGCUGGGCAGCUCCACAUUCGUUGUACUCUUCCUGCGAGCAGUGUUGCUCGACCUGUUUCCAAAUGCAGAAAAGAUUGAGGAGUUCCUGAAUGCGGCCGGCAUCGAGGACUGCGGUGGGGGGCGCAAGCCAAUGGUGGUCCACUACCUUUACAGCAUGGUGGACGACCUUCUGAGGGACACAAGCGCCGGCGGGCUGGACGACGUUGUCGCUGACGCCAAUGAGAACAUACGAGCUGCUGACGUCAUCUUCAAAGACGGAGACACCCUCUCGUUGGAAAGCCUCGUGGCUGGCCUGUACCAUGGUUUGAACCAGUAUAUGGCGGACAACAAAAGUCUGACCGACAAGAUCUCAUGGCCCAGGACAUUCGGUGUGCCGCGCUGCCAAAAACUCGGCCGGCGCGGCCUCCUCGCGGCAAUCGACUACUUUUUGGCCCGCGCCAAGGAGGAUCCCGCGCUGUGCCGGGCCCUCCUCGCCUACCUUGACAACUGGUUCAGCGACCCCAGCAGCCGCCACUGCGUCAUUGCGGUGCGAGCACGCGCGCGCGCCUGCCUGAAUUACCUCCUCGGUGCCGCUGACGACACCACCCAGGAUGCAGACGUCAGCAGCCAGAUCGGCGCUGUGCUCCUUGGUGCCGCUGACGUUGCCACCCAGGACGUCGACUUUUUCACCCAAAACGGCGCUCUGCUCCCUGCGGACGCAGGCGACGACAUCUUCCAGCAGGUGGAUAAGCCGUGGUCGCCCUUCGACGUAGCGCGCGACCUGGUUCGCAACGGAGACGCGCCCCUCGUUCUCGACUGCCUCGGCCCUGUCGCCAUGGAAAUGGCGGAAGGCGAGGACGCUGUUGAUGCGGCGCAUGAUCUGGAGAUGCAAGCUGCGUUUCUUUAG